CAUCAGUCAUUCCUUCUUUAUGCUCCUAUUCUAGUCGCUCUUUAGCUGUCGUCCUUUAGACAAUGUCACUCUUUACUACGAAAACCCUACUGGCAGGACUCUGGGCUAUUAGUACCAUUUCACCGUCUUUAGGCCUUCCUCAGUCUUCCUAUCCCAGUUCAUCCGUCAUUGCGAGCUACUCAAGUCGAGCCUCUUCCGAAAGUCCUCACCCGUGGUCCUCUGAGCCAGACUCAGCAUCUACCAUUACUACCUCAAGUGUUCCACUGUACUUUCCUUCGUGGACAACGCACCCCUUUAGCUCUACCCAGGAUACUUUGACCGAGCCUGCAACAUCACAUUCACUCAUUCACUCCUCCGGUACCACUAAGACUGCACACUCAAGCGCACCCGUAGACUCCCUUCAUAGUGUAUUUGGAUCGUCUGCCAGUAUAUUUACUCCUUCCAUUGCCCACACGACGUUGCCAAGCUCUUCUGCCGGACUUUUCGCCCAGCAUUACACUACCUCGCCCACCCCAUCACACUCUCAUCUUUCUACAGAAACUUCCACUAGUCCUUCUACUAGCUUGUUCACUUCUUCUCUGUCUGACUCUUCCACUGAAGCUCGAACAAGCUCAUCUAAGAGCUCAAUCCAUAUCAUUUCUAAUUAUUCCAGAAGCUCAGGCCAUGUUCCCUCUGAGUCUUCAACGCCAGUCAGCUCAGUGACUACGUCGAAACAUACACAAACUUACACGUCCACAUCUCCCCUGUCUUCGUCAAAAGCUCCAACGAGUUCGUCGACAUCGACUCAGCUCGAGUCUUCCACGAGCUCAUCGACUCACGUCCAGUCUCAGUCUUCCACGAUACCAACGCCGCUUGUUUCCAAGUCAGCCACCAGCUCUACGACCAAGACACACACAUAUCAUACUCGUUCUGAAAGUAGCUCUUCAAGCACUACCUCCCCUUCUACAUCUACCCAGUCGAGUUCCAGUUCAGACACCACUACAACAGCCCAAUCUAGUCGAACCGAUAACAUCACGUCCGCCCCCACCACGACAGGGACCCCGACAACGACAAGCGCCAGUACCACGACUUCUUCCUCGCUCGAUGUCUAUUCCUUGAUAAAGCAUCUCUACAAACUAGUGAAGGAAUCAUAUCCGGUGGUCAAGAAAUGGAUGAAGGACAAGGACUCGGUGAAGGCAUCCGAUGUGGCUAAUAUUGUGAAGCGUGUGAUUCCUGUAGCUGAUGACAUACUUGACUCACUCAACGCUCCAAGUGUCCUGGAGUCUAGCUCGGGUGGGGGCUCGGAUGGCUGCAGCAGUGGUGGAGGCCUCCUGGGAGAUGUUGUCGGGAUUGUGAGCUGCAUCGCCAGUACUGCAGAUGACAUGGUGACCGUCCUUGACAAGGUUCCUUCGUCGGGUGACGACGAUUCCUCAUACAUUUCCAGUGUAUCCUCUUUUUUCGAGGCUUUUCAGACUGAGGGAAGCUCCUUGAGUGCUGUAGGAAUCACAGCAACUGGCUCUGCUGCGACUAAUACAGGCUCGACAACCACCACCACAUUGGACACGGCUUCUAAGUCUUCCAAGGCUGACUCGUCCGCCACUUCAACCUCCCAGUCUAGCUCUGCCGUGUCUACUUCCUCUAGCAAAAGUCACUCGUCCAGCACAUCUACCUUGUCCACGAGUCCAUCCUCGACAAGCACGUCCGAGUCCUCGUCAAUCCCAAGAACCUCAACCGAUUUGGCGUCUUCAAAGCCAGUAUCAUCCACUGCAGCGAUCAAGUCUGAGACUUUGUCUUCGUCCUCCACAGAGUCGACUUCUAGCUCAACUUCCAGGUCGCUCUCUGCAUCCUCCUCCCACAUCAGCAAUCUCAGCACCUCUAUGACGAACACAACAUACACCAGGACAGAGAGCAAUUCUUCCACGGCAACCGAGACAACCUCAACCAUCAUCGUCCACACCCUCAGCGGAGCAACCAGCACGACGCACCACCCAUCCACAAUCACCGCCUCCCCAUCGCGAAACCAAACAGCCACCACCCUAAUCACCUCCUACACUACCGCCAGCGCCUCCAAACCCCUAUGCUACAACUACGCCGACCCCGACAACAACGCCGGCGACUACUGCAUAUGCACCCAAGACGGCCACACAACGACCAUGCCCGUCAUCACCACUUCCAACAGUGUCUGCGACUACACCACCCUCCCACCUCCGAUCACCACCAGCACCUCCACCAAACCCACCACCAAAAAACCCACCACCCACGCCCCCUUCACAACCUCCUACAUCGACGGCGACGUCAUCGUCUGCGCCAGCUCCACCCUCAGCUACUUCCAAUACUCAACCACAACCUACACCUACACCAAAUGCGCCGGCUCCACCACAGCCAUCAAAACCGGCACCCACACCACCACAACCACCGCCGCAACUGCAUCCCCCACCGCCCAACUCGUCAUCUCCUACCUCACCAACUUCUACAGCUACUGGGCGUUCUUCACACCCGACAUAGGCUCGGACUUCAACGUCUGCGAUGGCUCCAUCGGCGAGAUCGAAGCCAGCGGAUCCAUUAAGGUCGCGGAUCCGCCGUAUCCGGAUGGUACGAAGAAGUUGGAUUUCAAGGUCCAUGGGAUGAAGGAUUGUGUGUAUGAGGGGACGGAGAAGAAGCCGGGGACGUUCACCUGUCCCGAUCUGGGGAAGACGGUUCAGUGUGUGGAGUAUCCGGUUAAUAAGGUGUUGGAUUGUUAUGAGACCGUGACGGUGGAUAUGUAUAACCCUAAGGUUUGGUGUCGGUGGUGAUUUGUGGAGGGAUUGUUUUUUGGAUGGGGUUGGGGUGGGAGAAAGGAGGAUUUAUAGGAUAUAAAUAGUAUUGUAUUUCUAGGAGUCUAGGUUUUGUUGUUCCAUCGUUAGGGUAUUGCGAGGGCCCUGGGAUGGUAUCAUUUAGAGUUCGUAGUGUUGGCUUG